AUGUCUUCACUAGAUGCCCCGGCGAUCUUAUGGGCGUUACGAGAAAAGGAAGCUGAAGUGGUACGGCUCCGUGAGGACCGCGGGCAGACCACGUUUUCUCCGGAUAAACCGCUUCCUUGCUCAACGGCUAAGCGGAUUACGGUAACCGAUGAUGGUGAACUAAGUCAGAGCCAAAUAGCUGCCCGUCAGGCUGUCCGAUCGACGCGCACAUUCGGAUUCAGCGAUGACGAAAACAUCCUUCGCCUGCAAGGUGCGUUGCGAGGAAAAGCGCUACGCAUGGUGCAAAGCCGCCUACGCAAAGCGGAUAAUUUGGAUCAAAUUAUGGCAGCAUUGGAAAAGUCCUACGGCAGAGCGGACGUUCUCGUUAACUCGCUCCUCGAGCAAAUACGCGAAGCACCGGCGCUGAAACCAGAGCGCCUAGAUAGCUUUAUCGAGUACGGUGAGCUGGUAGCAGAGAUUUGUGCGACCGUCAAGACGAAAGGAGCGUCCGAGAGGCUGUACGAUGCAGCGUUGCUUCAAGAGCUGGUGGACCGGAUGCCCGCGUUUCUACGAUGGAGCUGGGGAAUGCACAGGCGGCAGCUGAAAGGUGUUACGCUGAACGACUUUGGUGCAUGGAUUCAAGAGGCGACGGAUGGAGCGAUGGCGGUAACUCCCCCCCAGCCGAAGAAGAAGACGACAACACGACAGGUUCACGCGCAACAUGUGGAAACGCAUGUAACCCAGUCCAGCAGAAAUCGAGCAUGUGCGGUGUGCAAUAAGGACACGUGUGUGGCGGUUGGAAAGCACUACGGCCCGUGCUCGGUACGUGUUGAAUGCGGUCUGCAAGGAUGUGUGGCUAAACAUCACCGCAAAUUACAUCGUACCACCAGUGAGGAGCGACCGGUUGAAAUUAAUCAUCAGAGCGGUCCGGUUUACACCCACGCGUUGCUAGACGAGGGGUCGACGGUGACGCUGAUGGAGCAGGAGCUUGCAAGAGAGCUAGGAGUUUCCGGUACUCUCGAUCCGCUAUGUCUGCUGUACAGUGCUGGCCAGAAACGUGAUGAACGCGAGUCGCAGAGAGUGACAGUGCAGGUGUCUAGUGUCGAAGAAAAGGCGCCCGUUUACUCGAUGACCGAUGUGCGGACGGUUAGCCGGCUUUCACUCCCUAGACAGUCGGUCGAUACAGAAGAGCUAAAACGCAAGUUCACGCAUCUCGCGACGAUUCCAGCACAGUCAUAUGAAAGUGCUUCUCCACGCCUGUUGAUAGGCAUCGACCAGUAUAGGCUGACGAGACCUCUGAAAACGAUAGAAGGAAGUGCGGGACAACCGACAGCUACCAAGACGCGAUUGGGAUGGCUCAUAUUUGGUAAGUGCACAGACUACGAUAACGAUUCGAAUUUAGUGCAGCCAGAGUCAAGCUACCACAUCUGCGAUUGCCAAGGAGCCAUCUCAAGGGCAGAUCGUAUGAUGCAGCGUAUUUUGAGGUCGACGGUUACGGUCCCGCCAAGCAGCUAUCGCUUUCGAAGGAAGAUCAACGAGCGCUGGGCGAUCCUGCAAGGCAACACGAGGCACAUCGAUGGGCGGUACGCAACCAGUUUGCUAUGGCGGAGUGACAACACUUUUAUGCCGGAAAACCGUCACAUGGCUGCAUCAAGGAUGGAGUGUCUCGAGCGGAAAAUGCAACGAGAUCCGAAUCUCGCCGACAACGUAAACCGAAUCCUCAGGGAGUAUUUGGCGAAAGGUUAUGUCAGGCAACUAGGAACGGACGAGCUGAAGGUGUUUUAUCCCAGGAAGUGGUACCUACCUGUGUUUCCUGUUACUAACCCUAACAAGCCAGAUAAAAUCCGCUUGGUUUGGGACGCAGCGGCUGAAGUGAAGGGUGUCUCGCUUAACAAGAAGUUGCUGACCGGACCAGAUCUGCUGACGCCGCUACAAACCGUGUUGUUUCGUUUUCGCGAGUGUAGGAUCGCGGUGGCGGCUGACAUUCGCGAGAUGUACCACCAGCUUUGUUCUCCUUGUACGGCGCAAUAUGUCAAAAACGAGAAUGCCGAACUGUAUCAAUCCCGAUACCCUCGAGCGGUCCAAUGCAUCAAGGAGGAGCAUUACGUGGACGACAUGUUGACAAGCCUGGAAACCGAGGCGGAGGCCGUCGAUCUAGCGCACCAG